UAGAGACACCAUACGUAUGGAACACAUAGACAGGACACGAUAGGACACGUCGGUCUGAUAGCUAUCACCUUAACACGUUUACGUCGCAGUCUUCCUACAAACAUAGUAGAUCACCGUUAUAUAACACAGUAUACAGAGCUAUAACCAGAGGAGUAUACUACAUUUGAUGCAAAAUGUUGCUGGCAAGUCUGACACUACUGGUCAUUGUUCACGCGGUCAGUAGCUGGGAUCCUGAUGCUGGACUAGUUACGUCGUGGACAAAGAAAGGCGGAGUCACCGCGAAUGCUUCGACUGGCAACAAUCCUGGCCUCGUUUUGGAUGGAAAUGACAACACACACUGGACUUCCGCUGCCUGCCUGCCGACAGAGUUCCUGCUUCAACCGAAUGUCAAUGUUUUGCUUAAUCUAUGUCAAACGUCUGCUUGUCAGAUAAACGGAGGAACAAACCAAGAUGUACACCUGCUAACAGACGGUAGUGUGUACACUACAAGUCAGGUAGCAGUCGGACAAAACAACGGGGCGAAGGUGUCAAUUAACACGAUCGGUAAGGACAUUACCCAGGUAUCGAUAUGGGGGAUUUAUAACGGAGAUACAGUUCUUAAGGCAGUGGAUAUCCUUGGCGCUGAAACCUCAAUGUAUACAUUUAACCAGAGCGAUAACUAUCAACGGAGAACGUUUGCUGUUACGACAACAUUAAACCAAAUUAUACUGAAAUCAGCCAUGUCUUUCAGUGUAAAGGAAAUAGCUGCUGUAGGGCACAAAGGUUGCCAGGAACGGAUAGUGGUAGACUUGGGCGUGUUACGGAGGAUAGGUGUGGUUCGUACGAGACACUGGGCCGGGACCGACUCAGCAUAUAGUACAAGUCUCCUUAUGUCUGCGGACGGACAAACUUGGGACACCGUGCAAGCUUUACAGCCUACCGCAUUGCAAGCAGUCCAAACCCGAUUACAAUCACCGACCGAAUAUAGGUACAUAGCGAUCAAUUAUGAUGUGAAAUUGAAGAAUCACAACAAAGUGUACUGUUGGGAAAUCGACGCUUAUGACGAGUAUGGUAUAUGGGGACCAGCACCAAAGGCUACAGCCAACCCGGUGUCUAUACGCCAGAUGCUCGGGGUGAAUGGUAUAUGGGGAUGGGGACACAAUCCAAAUGGUCCCACACUGUACAGCAGGGUAGCGUCCUAUGCAAGGAACUACCACAAUCUUAACUGGGACGUGAAGGACCCGGACUUCGACCCACAGUUUGAACAGAUGGGUCAAGGUAACGGUACUAAUGCGUUUUGGUGGCUAAAUUGGGAUAAGGAAUACAGCAAUUGGCGGUCAGCCGGUCUUAAAGUCGACACGUCUAUUCAGUUCCUCAGCAAGACUUUUCCAGCCAGUGUUUGGAACACUCCUAGCCAAUCAGCGUACAGGUAUGGCAGAGAGUUUGGCCGUCACUUCGGCCCACAGAUAGGUAACGGUCUGGUGACCGCUAUGGAGGUGGGAAACGAGCCUUGGGAUUAUAGUGCUGAUUUCUAUGCUACUGUUUUAGAGGGCAUGACAGCAGGUGUAAGAGACGUCGAUCAGAUCAUGGACGUCCUCCCUGGGGCCUUCCAAGCUUACAUCAUUGCUCCAGAGGAACCAACAAGCGGAAAUUAUAUCGGGAAUCGAGUGAGGAGUGCUGUUGCAACGAACAUCAGUGUAGUUAAUACGCAUGCGUACAGCUUUGUUACCGAUGAAAGCGGUAAGAGAGUGGCAACGUAUCCGGAGCAUCCGGACUCGACCUUCAACAGCGUGCGAAACAUGAUCCGCUGGAGGGACGUCAACACCCCCUGUAAACCAGUUUGGCUGACUGAGUGGGGAUGGGACGCCGACGGCGGCUAUGAGGACUGUGCUGCCACGGAAUGUGUAACGGAAGAUGCGCAGGCCCUAUACGGAGCUCGCGGUCUGUUCCUGGCGGCCCGUCUUGGCUUGGGCAGGGCAACUUGGUAUUUCUAUGCAAACACUGAUACAUGCAACACAUUGUUCUGCAGAAGUGGUUUAACUACCACUGCCAAGCAUAACUUCACGGAGAAAGCAGUAUUUCAUAUGUUCGAGUCUGUUCUGGGUAAAUUAGGGGAAAGCCAUUUCCGUGCUGCAUUGUCGGAAGAUAAGCAUGGGUAUGUGUACUUGUUUGGCCCAACGAAUAUCUUUCAAAAAGUGACACACAUUGUCGCAUGGCUCCCGUUGGGUGCCAGUGACGUCACGACUACAUCAAAAUCGGUAAUGCUUCCAGUCACGUUAAAGCCCACGGCAACGUGGCGACUCACCGGGACUGAUCCCGCCCUUCAAGAUGAGGCACUGCCCCACGUUCAGGGACUCAGUAUAACACUGGCCCUCUCCACUAAGCCACUUAUCGUGAAGGUGACUUCACCAGACCCCGUUGUAACCGUGGGUUAGAAACAAAGUUACUCGAGUCAAUGCUUCCUCGAAAUUCCUUGGGUUUACAUUAUCUGCACCCCUGGAAUAUUUCAGGACAAAAUCGAUUCCACACGGUUAGCUAUUGGGUUGGUUACAGAUUAAAAAGACGUAUCCAUUGCUAGGCUUAUACUUGUCCUUCAAAGAUUACAAAGGAACGACACCGACUUUAAAGUCGGUGAAUUUUACCGUUACGCAGGUGCGCGAUUCUUUAGAUUGACAACCAAGGAUCAAACUAAUCUACUUGUAUUAUCCGCAAUGUGGCUUGGACAGAGUGUCGAUUUCACCAUGACAUUUUUCUAAGAGCAAACAGAUCAUAAACCCUUGAAUUUUGACGAUUGAGUCAGUAGAAUCGCAGGGUAGACGUAAUAUAGAGCUGUUCUUCAUACACGUUCAUAAAUAUAAAACAACAAAUAUAUGUUCUCGUGCUUUAGUGCAUCGUAGGAAUGAGUUAAUUAUUAGUGUUUAUAUUGUGUUCUAUACAGACGGUGAGGCUUAUACAUAGCCGUUAUGGGGUAGGCCUAUACAUAGCCGUUAUGGGGUAGGCCUAUACAUAGCCGUUAUGGGGUAGGCCUAAACACAGCCGUUAUCGGGUAGGCCUAUACAUAACCGGUAUGGGGUAGGCCUAUACAUAGCCGGUGUGGGGUAGGCCUAUACAUAGCUGGUGUGGGAUAGGCCUAUACAUAGCCGGUGUGGGGUAGGCCUAUACAUAGCGGUAUGGGGUAGGCCUAUACAUAGCCGAUAUGGGUAGGCCUAUACAUAGCCGGUAUGGGGUAGGCCUAUACAUAGCGGUAUGAGGUAGGCCUAUACAUAGCCGAUGUGGGGUAGGCAUAUACAUAGCCGGUAUAGGGUAGGCCUAUACAUAGCGGUAUGGGGUAGGCUUAUACUCUUGUUGUGGCGUUUAUAAAUCUCAUCGUGGUAGGAACAUGUGACGCAGACAAUGAAGCAAAAAGAUACGUCGUCCUCUUUGACAAAUACUAGUACACUAGUUUAUUUAACAAACAUAUCAAACGAUUUAUAUUAAAUUGAAGAAAGCUGAAUAAAACAAUAACUACA